AUGAAGAAAGUCAUCCGCUAUCUCCAAGACCAAGCCCUCGAAGCUUCACAGCAGAAGUACUCUGGGGCAGCCUAUCUCUCCCCCGCCACCAAAGAACCUCAACAGCGGGUCAGACACCACAGCCCGUCGUACUACAAGGAGCAGCACAAUUCGCACCAUCAAUCGCGCUCGGCACACCCCAGCUUAGCGGCGCACAGCUUUCCGGCUCACACGACAGCCGGGACUGAAAUUCCUAGAUCCAGCGGACAGGAGGGACGGGCAUCACCACAUAUUUCGGAGAGGAUCCACCGCGAUAUCACACGGCACCAAUAUGCCCCGGACAACAUCCUUCAAUCCUACGAAUUGUAUGUUCCCGAACUGAAUCACUCGCACCUUGCCGACCCCAGCGGGAAUAAGUACUGGAUUGUUUUCAUCCAUGGUGGUUACUUUCGUGAUCCGACAGUCACAUCUUCGUCCUUCUACCCAGCUCUCGACCAAUUGGUCUCUGGAAAGGGGAAUGACCACCACCACCACCAUAAUCCCUUCAAACAUGACGAGAAUGUACCAGCGGUUGCACCUUACAUUGCAGGAUACGCGUCCUUGAACUACCGUCUCUCGCCUCAUCCAGAAAAAGCGCCUCAAGAUCCAUCCAAAACACCGACGUACGAGCUCCGGAAUGCCAAAUGGCCGGAUCAUAUCCAUGACAUACUCACCGCCAUAGCACAUCUACAAAACAGAUACGGCUUUGGGGAGCGGUACUUGCUCGCGGGCCACAGUGUGGGCGCCACAAUGGCGGUGCUGAGCACCAUUGCGGCACACCGAUCGUUCUCGAAAGGAAAUCCAUCUGAGUUGCCAAAGAUCCAGCCGCCCAUGGCUGUGCUCGGUGUCUCGGGUAUCUAUGAUUUCCCACUCCUCCAUGAAUCGUUCGCCGACUAUAUCGGGAUGACGAGAAAUGCCAUCCCAGACGCGGCCGACGAUGUGCUCGCCAGCCCUGCGAGGUAUGAUGUAAGGGACUAUGUGGAGGCCCGGGCAGCUACUGGGGAAAAGAAGAGGGCUUUGGUUAUUGCUCACUCAAAGGACGACGGGUGGGUGGAUUGGAAACAGGUGGAGGCGAUGGAGAAGGUCUUUGCUGCGAGUGGAUCGGUCAUUAAGUGCAAAGUCUGUGAAUUGAAAGGCCAACAUAAUGAUAUUUGGGAGAAGGGGACAGAGUUGGCAAGGGCCAUUGCUCAGACGGUGGAUAUAAUGAGGGGCCUAGAUGGAGAUGGGCAGUGA